AAUCAUCAACAUCCGGGUGUUGUCGGCUCCACCAAAACAUGGAUGCCAAGUCAAACCUCUUCCUGAAACCAUAUCAUUGAUAACCAAAGACACCAAGAAGACGAGUUAACCACCCAUCCCAUCAAAAAAUAUUUCGUACAAUUGAGUUAAAACGUUAUUAAACAGUGGGUUGGUUUAUAUUUUUAAGUUCGUUUAUGCCACAACUAUUUUAUUAGUUUUUUUUUUAUUGCUUUUUAAUCAAUUUUAUCUUGUCACUGUCACUUGUUAAUUAAUAAUUAUAAUUAAGUCUAAGUCUAGUGUAGCGAGUGCCGUAGCGGGUAGCGGCGGGCAGUAGUGGUAGGCAUUUUCUUAAAAAUAAAUACAAAUUGUUAUUAAUUGUUAUUAAAUUGCCCUUAAUAGUAUAUAUAGUAAAUACUAUAAUAUAGUUAUAAGAAACAAAGGACUCAAAGUCAAAGGUAGUUCAGGCUUAGCCUUAAAAUAUUAAUAUGUAGCAAUGUAGCCCACUUAGGUAAAGCAAGGGAGACUACUUCAAAAUUUGUAUGGGAAAUGGGUGUUGGCGUAGAAGAAUCCAUAUUUUUAAUUUUUGGACGGUGGGGCUUUUCCAUUAACGAAAGGACUAUUUUGUCAUAAAAUUACUUGUUGUAGCCUUCCACAUAUUUACAAUAGAGGACAUCUUGACCUAUCUUGUUUUUGCCUAUUUUGAUUGACCUUAAUAAUGGAAUUCAUAGGAAUAUAUAAGGCAUCUUUCCCUCAAAAAAUAUUUAAAAAAUUCAAAGAUACUGUCUUUCAUAUUAAAUCUUGAAACACAUUAGACUAUAUAAUAAUAAAUAUUGAUGUAUACGGGUGCCGAUUCUCAUUGAUGUAGCUCAUGUCCAAUGUUGGUUACGCUUGUCCCCGUAACCUGCAUUACCAUAAGGUCGCUCAGCCUAAUUUCUAGCAUGAUGUGGGCCACGCCCCCUUUUCAAAGGCCCACGAUGCUGCUGCUUAGUAAAUACUUAGUUAUUACCACUGUUUACAUCAUAAUAUUUGAUUACUUGUGUUUUAAAGUGAACUUAGAAGUAAUUUAAACAAGAAAGUUUUAAUUUGAGGCUCAAAAACUUGGUAGAGUCCAUAUGAUUAAAAAAAAACGUUUUUUAUGAUGUGCAAAAACGUUGUCAUGACAGCCAUUCACGGUCACUUGCAUAAUGGCUAGUCUGUAGUGUUAUCUCAGAGUUUCAUUCAUAAGAGUUUGGUGUUGGUCAGGGAAAGCUUUAACUAAUAAGUCAUGUGCCAAAGUUGAAAGUUCAAAAUAAUUAGACCCUAAACAGUAUUUUAGUAAUAAGGCGAUGUGUUGCCUUAAAUAAGCUAUAUAGUCUAUACCAGUAUAUUGGAUGCCGUUGACUUGGUAAAAAGAAAAGCCUUAUCUCAUGUAUUAAUAUAUUAUAUUAAAUUUACUGAUAUACAUAGUACAUAGUUAGAUAAAUUACAAUUUAUUUAUAAUUGCAUACAUUUAUGAAAAUUACUAUUUAAUACAGCAUUAAUUCUGAAAAUCUUAAAAUAAAAAUUGUAUACAAUUAUCAUUAAAACAAGAGUUAUUGUGCAUGAUGAGAUCAGUGCAACGGGGUCACAAAAUGUGGAGAUGUAGUCCAUAGUAAAAACUAACAUAAGAACUCGAACUUAUGUAAAUUGUAAAACAAGGUCAAAAUCUAUAUUAAUGAAUUUAAUUCUCUGAAAUUUCAUGAGUUGAUAUUUUUACCAAACAUCUUUGCACUAUGAUGUUUUUUUCUCUUGAACUUUUUCUCUGAACCUUUCUUAGUGGGCUUUAUACAUUAUCCUUUUUUUUUUUUUUUGCUAUGCUGGUACCGCCCACAAUGCCGAAAAAUUAUUUAGUGCCAUUUAAGUUAUUUAACUCUAAUAAAAUAAGUGUCACAUGAUUCAUGAUAAAUUGAGUAUAACCAAUGGGGAAGCAAAGCAGAGUGUUAACAUUUGUUAUUGUACUUAUUUUUCAGAAUUUGGGCAUUAUAAGGAAGAGGGCCAUUUUUUUCAAAUUUGGCUGGCUUGGGAAAUUCCAACUUUUAUUAUUUAAAAUGAGUUCCCAAUCAUCAGGGCGUAGACGCAGUAAUAAUAUACGUCAAUAUUCAGCCGAAGACCAGGCUUUAAAUGUCAUCUCUAAAGAGGUAAGUAUUGAUCUUUUACUAAACAUAUUUUUAAGCUGUACAAAAUUGAAUAUUUGUACACUUAAAAAUCAUAACUCUUAAUCAGACUUAAUUAUCAAUUAUAAGGAUGGUUUCUGAAAAAUUUGGGAAAUGACAAUAUAUAAUUAACAUUUGAUUAAUAUGUUAUUGUUUGUUGUCCUAUCAAUUUUCAUAAUACAUAUAACAUUUUUAUGGGUCUCUAAAAUAUUGCUUAAAUCAGUAAUACUUAAACAUGGCUUUCUUCAAUCUUGUUGGCUUUUUUUACCACAUGGCUCCCUGGUUAAAUAACAAUUUUUUCCAUUUUUGAUCAUGUGGCUCUCCAAAGAUUCAUUGUAGCCCCCUGAAGUCAUUUAGCCCUAUUUAAGCCCCUAGUUAAAGUUAAAAGGGUAAAGAUUUUUUUAAAAAAUCUUCUGGUUAAUUUAUUUUUUAUUUGGUGGAUUAAAUUAUUUGAGUAAAUUUAACACAACCAUUUCAUGUCUAAAAUUAAAUACAUAUUUUGUUUCUUAUAAUACAAUUUUAUUAUUAAUGAUUUGCUAAUGUUUCAGAUAUAUUUUAAAGAUAUUCUUUCAAACAUAUUUUCAAUUAAAUAAAUGUUUUUAAAAUAUAGGCAGAGGCACGACUGGCUGCCAAACGAGCUGCCAGAGCAGAAGCAAGAGAAAUAAGAAUGAAGGAAAUUGAAAAGCAAGAAAAAGAGGUAUAAUAUAGAUUUGUAUGACAAUCUUCCUUACACAUAAUUAGACCUUUAAAUUGCUCUCAAUACAUUUCUGAUCAAUAUUUAUUUUGAAAAGUAUUAAUAUUUUAAUUUUAUAUUUCAUGAUAAUUUAAUGGGGUUAAACAAUGGCUUUGGAAGCAUGGGCGUCCGCAGAAAACUUUCUGGGGGGGGGGGCAAAAAAAAUCAAUUAACUUUCCAGGGGAGGNGACAACAGCUUAGUUACUUUCUCUUUAUUUUCUCUUUACUUUAAUAAAUUUUUUGUCUAUUUUUGUCUAAAAAUUUUUUAUCCAAUCAAUCCAGGGGGGGGGGGGGCAAGUGUGCCCCCCCUUGCCCCUACCUGCGGGCGCCCAUGUUUGGAAGUAAUAAUUAGACCUUGCAUAUUAUAAUUUUGUACUUUUCAGUCUGAGGGCAAACAAGACAGAGUUCAUGAACUUGCUAAUGAGCAUGCAUCUUCUAAGGUAUAUGUGGUUACAAUAUGAUUACAAUAUAUGACAAUAAGCAGUAAAGAAAUUAACUCCCAUGUUAUGUUAUUUAAGCUAAUUUUACAUGUGAGGAAAAAUAGGAAAAAAAAGAAAGAGUAACAAAAGAUGUGAAUUAAAAUGUGAGCUUGCAGAGUGAAAAAAAGAGUGAUUUGCUAACUAAAUGAUGGCAGUUUGUGACACACCAGGAGAAUGUUUCUACCUUGUUUCUAAAGUUGGAUUUAAAAAAAAAAUAUAUAAACUUUUAAAAAAUUAUUUGUAGAGAGGAGACUGAUCUUAUCACAUUAAAAACACUUGAGAAUGCAUAGCUAUACAUCCCGCAACAUUAGGCUUAAUGGUUCUUUAUUAUUUGUUUGAAUUUUAAUUGCAAGUUAUAUUCCUUGUUUUAGUAUUUUCAUUCCUUUUGAAAUCAUUUCAUAAGUUUGAAAUGUACUUUUAAAAAAAACAAAAAACAGUAUGUUAAAAAAAUUUCAUUAUCCUUUUCAGGGCAGGCAGUUAUCAGGUUCAAGAUCUGGAUCUAGACGUGGUAGUACAGAGUCAAAUGAUUCUGAUGCAAAAGAUGUGGAUUUUAAGGUAUUAUUAGCCGAUUUCACAUAUUAUUUAUAAAUAAAAUUCUUACCAUUUUCAACUUUAUUGUUUUUUAAAAUCUUUUUUUAAUUUGUUAUUAUUUCAGGUUAUUUAAUAUUCAUGGAUAUAGUUUUCUAUUGUUCAGAUUGCAUGAUUUUAUUUAAUUUAUUUCAACAUGCAUGAAAAUUUGUACUCAAUAUAUUAUUUUGAAAUAAAACAUUUGAUGUACAUUGCUCCAAGUUUUUGUACAUGCAGUUUUUUUCUCACUUUCUCAAAGUGAAUUUCUAUCUUAUUUUAGUUUAACAUUUUAUGGUAGGAUAAUUUUGUUUAGUGGUAAGGCUAAGACAACAUUAAUGCUUGUACAAAAACAUUUUUUUUAAAAAUUGGAAAUUGAUACGGUCUUUCUUUAUUUAUGUGAAUGAGUGUUAGCAAAAGCACAAUAAAAAAUACAAACUACUUUAAAUUGUAUAUUAAAAAUUUUUUAACUUAGGAUAUCUGCACAAUUUCAUUUCAUAUCUCACUAGUUUACAACUAAACAUAUGAUAUUGCUCUGCAUCUUUAACUAAUCUUAGUAACUCACUUGAUGAUCUCAGGCCACAUGUUUUUACAGGCUGUAUCACAAGACUUACUAAUCACAUCACUGACAGAAUAAAGUUUUUAAGAUUAUCAUUUAAAAAAGAGGCUUAUGUUAAAAACUAAAAUUUAUAUUAUAUGAAGAAGAAGAAAGAGUGGGAAUGGAAAUAUAAACAAUUAAAUGAAGUUGUUUAUAGUUUCCCUAAAUUAUGGCCAAAGUAAUUUUAAAUUGUUAUUUCACAGUAAAUUUGAUGAAGGAACUUAAAUAAAAGAAAUAAAGGCUUUUAAAUAGCAAAAACUUUUUUAAUUUUGAUAAUAAUUUCUGCAUAAACUAUCCUUACAAAAUGGACAGCUAUUACUUGCAAGUAUAUAUUUAUGUAUUUUCUUUUGUCUUGUCCAAUAAAAUGAACAGAAAAGGGCUCUGAAAAUGGUGAGUAGUCGAAGUAAAGAGAGUGAAAUGCUAACUGAUCUGACAAACUGCAUGGUCGUUCUCAACCUUCAGAUUUGCUACAGAUGUGACCAACUGAAAACUGCUAAUGUGUCGGUUGCAUGAUUAAUUUAUUUGUACAUUUUUGUUACUAGUGUGCUUCUCAUACAUUUAUUUUAAAUAUAUAGAUUAAAUUAAAUUUUGUAAGGCAAUUAUAAAUUUUCAUAAGCCAAGAUCACCAAUAAAUGACACCACAUGCAAAAUAUUUGAAGAAUAAAGAGACCUGGAGUUAAUAGUUUCUUUUACCAAUAUUUAUUGAAUUGAGAUUUUUGUAUUCAUAAGUCAAAAGAAAUACAACUACGACUAGGUAAACAAAUGACAAGGUGAAACAAAUGGUCGAUAAAGUAAUUACUUCAAGGCAAGUAAAAUGUGUGGGGAAAAGCCUAUCAUUAAUUUAUUAUGUGCAACUUUAAUAUUUCCAGAUUCAUCAGUUUAGCUAGUUAUUUCCUUUGCACUUGUCAUGAAGAUAUUUAUAGUUAACACUUAAUUGAAAUGAAAAAUUGAAAAGUGUACCAUAAGUAGUUUCUUAUGCAAGAAAAUUAGAAAACAUUUUUUCUAUUUAUGCUAGAAUUUUCAACACCAGUUGAUCGCAGUUAAGUCAUAUAAGGUUGCUUGUAGUUUUUCAUCUCCAGCAUUAGAUCAUUUCUUUUGCCUUUCCCUUUUUUUUUUUUCAAAUUCAUUAUUUUCAGUUAAUGAUUUUUUACUGACAUUAAUAAGUCAACAAACAAUUAAGCAUAAGUGUUGUUGUUUAACCCAAAGUAAUAAUGAUUGCAUGAGCAUUUACUUUGUACAUUUUGCACCUAUCCUUUUAGAUGUGGAAACAAAAAUAUUUAGUUUCAAAUAGUGUAACUUUCCUUUGUCUUGAAUUUCUGAACAUUUGUUGAGAUCCAAGUUGAUUACAAAAUUAGCUCCAGAGGUAGGUACUAAUAAUGAAUAAAGAUGAGAAUGACUGCAUUACUCCUUACCUCUGCAUAUAACAGGAUAGUGUGGAAACUCCUUCAGUACUUUGAUUUGUUCACGUUUGAUACUUGAAACAUUAUAAUAAUGUGAAUGAUUAGCAAAACUUCAGUUAAUAUUUUAGUCAACCUUUCAUACAUUAUACAUUUUUAAUAGCAUAAGUUCCAGGAGGCUGUUGUUUUUUUUUAUCGAUUCCCCAUUUUUAAGGUAGUUUGUAGUGUCUGUGCACAUUUCAUAACAGCUACAGGUUUUGAAUUGCCACUCUCAGGAGUUUUUAUUAUUCUUUCAAGACUUUCUUGCAGCAUUAUGUCGACUUGCUACAGCUUGAGAAAUGGUUUAUUGAUUUCACCAGGACAUAGGUUAAAAGCUCGUCAUCUAAAACCAAUAAAAUGCAACCAUUUACUUGGUCAAAUAAUUUGAUAUUGAUUUAACAACAUUCAUUGUUUUAAACUAAAAAUACGAAAGAUGAUGCUUGAAUAUUUUGUCUAAUUGUGUUUUGUUGUUUUUCUAAUAUUCAAAAUUAAUUUUUGUAUUGUCUCUGAACAUGAGAAAGUAAACAUUUGUGUGCAUCUAUCCUUGCUCUUUAACUUUGUUGUUCCAUUAAAAAAAAACAAAUUGGAUUGUUAGAUAUUAACCAUGAUUUUACUUGCAUUCCUGUGAACGUGCAGGACUUUUUUGGGUUUUUUGGCAAUAGAAAUUGAAUGUCUGAAUAUUUUUUAAAAAUAAUUUCUUUUUUUAAAAGGUUCAAUGGUGUGUUGUAUGUAGUUCACUCUUGUCUUAAAGGACAAUAUGUAAGAAAACUAAAUUUUAUCUUUUAAAAUAUGAUUUCAGGCAGAAAUUAGGGAGUUAGAAGAUAAGUACAAAACAGCCAUGAUGACGAGUGCACAGCUGGACAAUGAGAAGCAGUCCCUCGUGUAUCAGGUGGAACUUCUGAAGGAUCAGCUAGAAGAGCAAGACGAAGGUUACACAGAGCUUCAAAGGGAAUACAAGGAGAAAUCUAGGGUAUGCUAAAAUUGGCUUAUCUUAAAUUUUUGUAGGAAAUAUAAAUCUAUCUUUGUAUUAAUGGUAAACAACUUUUAAUUCAUAGUUUUGAGACACAAUUAUUUUUGCCUUUGGCAUAAAAAUAUUAAAAGUUAUAUCUCAAUCAUUUAAAAAAAAAUCAGUGGAUAGAAAAUUCAAAUUUUUUAAGCCAUUAGCUUUGAGUAUCAUUGCAUAUGAUACAACAUUAUUUAAUGAAAUAUUAUGAAUUCAUAUAUGACGCUUAAGUUUAUGGGAAUUUCAAUUCAUAAAUAAUUUAGAAAUAUUAAUAAAUAGAAAAAAAAUGCUAAGAAAAUAAUGAGAUGCUAUUUUAAGUACUACUGUUGUUACUAUUGACUAACAGCUUAAUUAAGGAAGAGGUAUAUCAGGUUAGCUUCCCCUGGGCCAGUAAUUAAAAAAGCUCACAUAAUAUUCCACUUGACUUUAUUUGUCCCUGCAAGAUUUUGUUGAUAGCUGUAGUGUAGCUGGCAACACUGGUUGCAUAUUGGGGGAGGGGUGAGAAGGCCGCCAUGAGACCAGUAUCAAAAACAUUUCUGAAUGGUUACUGUGGGAAUUUAUAUUUAUACCCAUAAGUGGCCAAGGACUAAGCAGUGUAGAAAAUAUUUGAUGGGAGGGAGAUGCUAUUUUGUAACACCAUUUUGUAGAAAGUUUUUUAUUUACUGUACCCUACUUUAAACGAGAAAUCUGCUAUUAAAAAAUCAAGACUUCUGGUGGGACGCACAUAUCAAUGCAACAAAAUGCUGAGCUGCUGUUGAACCUGUGUAUUAUUGCCCAUUACAUUAAAUCAUCUACUCUGCUACAAUAUUCUUUUUUGAAGUAGCAUAGGAACUAGAUGUUUGUUCUAUGAUUUUUUACACUUUGCUUAAUAAAUUAAUUGCCACUUUCUAAGAUCAUCAUCAUUUAUAUAACAUAUCUAAAGAAUAGGAAGAUACUAUCAGUAGCCUUAUAAUUAUUAGUGCAGUUGGCAUAUAUAUAUGUGUGUGUGUGUGUAUAUAUUAUAUAUAUAUAUAUAUAUAUAUAUAUAUUAGGGGUGUGCCGGACCCCGGUCCGGAAUCCGGUUCCGCCGGAUUUUGCACUAUCCGGUGAAAUCCGGUUCCGCCGGAUUUACAUGUAUCCGGAACAACCGGAUUCCGGAAUCCGGAAUAUACCGGAUUUCGGAAUUUGCCAGAUUUUGUGACUCACCGGAUCAUAAUCUGAAAUAAAAGUAAUUCUCUUUCCCGAAUUUCACACGAUCACGAUACAGUAAUCGAUUGUUUCGAGCGUUGAGCUUGUUUAAUGUUUAAUAUUCCGUACAUACCAGAGGCUAGAGUCAGCACCGCUAAUAGUGGCCAAUAGUGUAGGGACUUUGAUAAGAAAAUUUAAACUUUUUGUAAAAAUAAACCAAUGGCAUAGUUGAAAAGAUGUAAUUUUUUAAAGAAUUAUAACACCAAAAUCAUAUUUUUAGCUGUUGUAGUUUUAAAGUUAUGAAUUUUUAAAGUACGACUUGGUUUGUCAUUUUUUAACAUGGACUGCAUCUCCACAUUCUGUGAUCUCAUUCCACCAAUCCCGUCAUGCGCAAUGACUAUAUAGUUUAUAUAAGGCAACGCAUUCCCUGCCUUAUCACUAAAAUACUGUUUAGACUUAGUUUAAACUUUCAACUUUGGCACAUGAAUAAUUAAUUAAAGCUUUCCCUGACCAAUGGUUUAAUAGUUUUUGCACACGGCAAACUCUUAUGAAUGAAACUCUGAGGUAGUACUACGAUACAGUUAUGCAAGUGGCUGUGAAUGGUUGCCAAUGACAACGUGUUGCACACGGUAAAUUCUGAUCAUUUAUAAUAUGGAUUCUACCGGGUUGUUAAAGCUCAAAUUAAAACAUUCCAGUUUAAAUGUCUUUAAAUGCAUUCUGAAACACAAGUUAUCAAUUAUUUUGAUGUAAAUAGUGAUAAUAAAUUAAUAUUUCCUAAGUAUCGUCAACUUCCGCCAUUAAAAAGGGGGGCGUGGCCAACCCCAUGGCGAAAUUAGGUUGAGCGAGCUGCAUAACCUGCUGCGAACGCGUAGAAACAUGGCGUCUCUCGUAAGACACUUAUCCAAAUGGAACGGAACUCAAAUAUAUAUCGAAAGUACUAAUUUAAUAAUAAAUAGACACACACAUCGGAAAAUUAAAAACUCGGAUUUUUUGGCGCCGAUUGCGAAUUCCCAUACACAAAAAGUAGUAGUCCACCUUGACUUACCGAAGUAUCUACCAAUAGUACCAAAAUCCGGAAUCCGGGAGAAACCGGAAUCCGGAUCCGGCGGAUUUCGCAUAAGAAAAUCCGGAUCCGGUUGGAAAAAACGGAUCCGGCACACCCCUAAUAUAUAUAUAUAUAUAUAUAUAUAUAUAUAUACAUGAGUAAUUUAUGGACAAAACAAUUGUCAUUUGUUAGUUUCUUUUCAAGUUCAGAAGCAUAAAACUAAUAAAGUACUACUCUCUGAAAGAUUGGGAAAGCUAAUCAAAUUUCACCUUUUUAAUAUAAUUUUUUUUUUCAAUUCAUCUAUACCUAAAUAUUUAUAUAUACAUACAUGUUUGUAUGUAUAUUAUCUACGCUGAGGUAAUAUUGUUAUUGGAAGUCAAAAAUAACGUUUAGAAUUAACAGAAUUAAGUUAUUAUUUUAAUUCUUUUACAGGACUAUGAAUUCAUGAAGCGUGAUUUAAAAAAUAUGGAACAUGAGUUGAAUAUUCUUAAACAACAACUAGAGAUAAAAGACAGAUUAAUACAGGUAUAUUAUGAUCACUUUAGUAUUAUUUUGAUCAUCAUUUUCCAUUAAAAAAUCAUCAUCAAAAUGUCCAGUAAAAUGCUGUGUUUCCUGUUUUGAAAAUUAAAUUCUUACAGUUUUUAUUUUGUGCUGAAAAACAUCAAUAUUUUAUCUAAAAUUUUCUAGUUCUUUCAUUUCCCACCUUCCUAGUUUUAUAAACAUCUCAUUAAUCUACAAAAACAAUUAAGGUUAAACCUUAAUAUCUUUCUAUUAAAAUGUAAAACUUAACCGUAUUUUAGAGUAGAAAUAUUUAAGACCUGUUCAUAUUUAUGGUGGACUAAUGCAGCUCUAACCUUCACUUCUAGGAGAGUGGUUUCAUCAUUCUUGCCAAUGAAAAAGGAGAGCCAGUGUUAGAGAAACAGUCAACAAGUUCAACUAAUGGUCCACUUCCCGUGGGAGCUGUUCUAGUGUCACCGGAGACCAAAGAAUUUUUGGAAAAAACAGAGGGUGUCACUUUAGGUACUGCAAUCAAUGGCUGUUCUUCUAAUACAAGUAGUUGUUCUAGCGCAACUGGCCACAAGGCUGGCCAGUUGGUCUCAUCUAGCUCUGUUGAUGCACCUGGGUUAAUAAAGGAGCAAGAUUGUGUUGAUUCUUCUACCUCAGGGCCAGGUGUGGGGGGUACUGCUGAGCCAUGCAGAGACAGGGCUAUUGAUGAGACAGUGCAUGUUAUUAGUGAUGAUGUGUCUACUAAUCUUUCUUUACCUCAUGAGCAUGGUGUAGUGCUUGACUGUUAUGCAGAAAGUGAUUCUAGUGAAGCACACUCUAAUGUUGACAAUAAUAACCUAGAUGUUGUAUCCCAUCUGAAAGACGAUAAGAAAUUAGAUAAGAAUAAAAGCUUGCAGAUUCCAUCUACCGGUGUCCAUAAAAGUCAUAGAUCUAAAGGAAGCUCUGGGGAUGAAGAAUCUGAUGGAGGGGAUGAAUUUUAUGAUGCUGUGAGUACUCCAUCCCCAUUUGAUAAAUCUGCUGACUUUGUUGAUGGUGUUCAAACAUAUUCUGAAGAGGGUAGGGAUAAAUCUGAAGGGAGCUCAGUUGAUCCUACUGAUGCAGUGAGUGAGGCAAAGAAGGAAGAGGACCUGCCGCCAUCUAGAGCAAGUCUCAUUGUGGAGCAAGUCACGGUGACAGAGAGCAGUUCAGAUUAUGCUGAAGAAUCUUCAGGUGUUUAUGAUGGGGAACAACCCAUGGAAAGAGAAAGUAACUUUAAUGAGGUUGUGCAGGUUGCUGUAAAUGAAAGCAGUACUGAUGAUGUGGAGCUAGCCGUUGAAACUGAAAAGAGUUCUGGUAAUGGGGAACAAAGGGCUAUAGAUGAAAGUAGUCCUGAUAAUGUAAACCAGGCCACUGUUGCAGAAAUUAUUUCUGAAAUUGUUGACCAAGACUCUGUGUCAGAAAGUAGUUCUGAUGUUAAUGUGGGAAAGAUCUCAACAGUUUCAAGUCUUGGAGACAAUGAACAGAAAGAUGAUUCACUGCAAGAGACCCUUCCACAUUCAGAACUGACAGAUGAUAAAAAAGGUGGUCCAUCUUCUGAUAACAUUCCAGAAGCACUUGAGAAUUAUUCCAGAGAUGCAAAUGACAAUGAGUGCUGUAAACUGUCUUCACCUGAUGUGGAAAACACAGGUCAAGGUAAUGUAGAAAAUAUUGAAGGUAAUGAAAACCAAGUUGAUUUGUCUGAUGUUGCAGCCAUUAACACCGAGAUACCAAGUGAGGGGGCUGUUCAGGAUAAAUCAACUGACUUGACUUAUGUAAAUGAUCAAGCCACUCAAAAUGACAUAAUAAAAGAUGCUUCUGGUCCUCUAAAUGAAAAUACGUUUCAAUCAACUCCUGAAGUUGAUGAAGUCAGUGGAGUUAAUGGCCAGCCCACUAUUGAAAGUGAUGUCAAAGCUGAGCCAUCUAUUGAAAGUGAUGUCAAAGUUGAGCCAUCUAUUGAAAGUGAUGUCAAUGUUGUGCCAUCUAUUGAAUGUGAUGUCAAAGUUGAGACAUCUAUUGAAGGUGAUGUCAAAGUUGAGCCAUCUAUUGAAGGUGAUGUCAAAGUUGAGACAUCUAUUGAAGGUGAUGUCAAAGUUGAGCCAUCUAUUGAAGGUGAUGUCAAAGUUGAGCCAUCUAUUGAAGGUGAUGUCAAAGUUGAUCCAUCCAUUGAAGGUGAUGUCAAAGUUGAGCCAUCUAUUGGAGGUGAUGUCAAAGUUGAGCCAUCCAUUGAAGGUGAUGUCGAAGUUGAGAUAUCUAUUGCAAGUGAUGUCAAAGAUAAGACAUCUAUUGAAAGUGAUAUCAAAGAUGAGCCAUCUAUUGAAAGUGAUAUCAAAGAUGAGCCAUCUAUUGAUACUGAUGUCAAAGAUGCUCAGUCUAUUGACAGAGAUGUCAUAGCUCAAAUAUCUACUGCUGAACCCACUGAUCAGUUAUUAUCUGAUAUAGAUGUCAAAGUGCCUGCACCUGAUGGACUCAAAGAUGAACUAGCUAUUGAUACUAAUGAAAAGAAACUGUCAAGCCAAACUGAUGAGAUUGACAUUCUUCAUGUUUCUGAAGCAUCUUCAAAAGAACAUUUUGCAGACACUCAGAGUUCCACUGAAGCCCCUGUCUGUAAUCAAGAAUCUUCACUAGCUUUGAAUGAAGAAGCUAAGGAACCUGACUCAAGCCAAUUGGAAGAUAACUCAAAGCUACUUGUGCGCUCAUCGAGCCUUGUAGGCUCUGAGGCAUCAGAUGGAGUUGGACUUGAUGAUUAUGACCUUGAUGACAUUGAUGACAUUCUGGAGGCUGAAGAAGGAACUGAAAUUACCUCUGGAGAGAUUAACAAAAAUGAGGGAAAUAAAAAAGAUGAAGAGGCUGAAAAAGUAGUUACACCUGAAAAUCAGGUCAUCACACCUGAAAAGGUCAUUACACCUAGUCCAGUUGAAAAAGCAAAGACUAAUUUGCCACCUGCAGAGAGUCAUGCUAAGCUUGAGCCUGAAUUGAAUUUGGGAGCCACCAGCCCCAAACAUGCAUCAAAGAAAGCUGAAUCUUCCAGUAGUCAUAAGAAAGAAAAGGCUUCGAAAAGCAAGGGAUCUGUGAAGGAAGGAAAGAAAAAGAAGGAAGACCAUGCUGAAAGCAAAGGAGGAAGCCAUGGAAAAUUGGACAAAGCAGAAUCUCAGACAUCAUUGGAAACUGCUGAUUUAGAGGGAGAACUAGACAAGCAAAUGAGUGAGGCUGGUCUUUCCAAAGCCCAUAAAAAAUCAAAGAAGUUUAAUCUGUUUAAGAAAGUCUUCACCAAGUAAAAGUUUGAUCAACUAGCUCCCUUAUAAAAAUCCCCACUCCUUUUCUUUAGGGGUUUAACUCAAUGUAUGAGAAGUGUGAUAUCAUCCAUCAAACAAAGAAUAGGAUAUCCUAUGAUUAGGAUUACAAUGGGUGUCUCAGGUAUUUCCUGCUGAAUGUAUGGAAAUGUUGUUAUAUUACAUUCAUUUUAAAUAUAUCAGUGUACAAAUUAGCUGUAUAAUACAGCAUUUUUUGGUUCCUUUUUAGCUAGUGGCUUAUUUACUCUUGGUACUUAUUUGGAAAAACUCACACAGGCUAGAUACGAGUAAGCAGUUGAUUUUUUUAAACGCUUUGAAAUUAAUGAUCAGGGUCUCUAGUCUCUACUAGUAUACAUCAAUAACCAUGUGAUCACUUGAUAGAUCCAAAAAGACAAUACAUUUUGAAGGACCCUUGUUUAAAUUUGAUUUUAAUUAUAAAAUUUGCAUACAUUCAUAUUCAUUUAUAAUUUUUAUUUUAAAUAACUUAAAUGAUUCUCAUGACAACUCUCAUUUGACAAAACUGUUCUUUGACUGUUCUUUAAAAAUGAAACUUCAACUUGAUUAUAUGAAGAUUUCAGUUAAAUAGCAUUGAAUCAAAUACUCAUGUUCGUGGAGUUAAUUAUCUUGCUGUAGUGUUGUCAUGGCAUGAUAUUGAGAUUAAGUAUUCCCUUUGCCUUUUUCUUCUGAAUGUGUUAGCAUCUGCCUGUGAUUACAAUGUUCAUAAUACUUUUUUUUUGUUUUCAUUAUUGAUCGUCUUUCAUUUGUGUUCAGCUUUUGCUAAAGAGCAAGAAAUGUUAUAAAAUCAUGACCACAGAGAUGGUUCUAUUAUUCUAUUUUUAAAAAAAAUAUUUUUUUACUUCAAUUCUUUUCGAGUAAUUAAAAGAAAUAAUUUAAAACAAAAUUGUUUUUCUGGAGAAAAAAACUUGUUAUAAAAAGUAAACUUUUUACUG